CUGGAACAGGGUGGCGAAGACAAGGUUAUCAACAUGUUCCGAUUAAAGCCUACCACAAUCAUCAUUACGGCGCCUGAAAUAACCGAUGCCGAACGCCGAAGCCGUUACAGAAAGCACCUCGCAACCAGGAGAUACAGGACCGUCACUGCAUUAGGAAACGAGGAAACCAGCCUCGAACCUGCUAUGAACACACGUAUACAGACACCAGAUACCGACUCAACUAGCAGACAACGAAUCCGUAACUCGUUGACCCAAGAUGCAUUGCCGAGAGAAGAGGAAUUGGCUUCUCCAGUAUCGUUGGCUGGAAAUGAUAUCGAUGGAGAGGCAGAUGCUGUUCGAUUACCUGUUCGCUCACGGCUCGCCAACAUGAUCAACCAUGCUAUCCAGCAAGGUGACGACGAUGGCAGGACUGUUCAGCAACUUCCUGCGACAGUUGACUCCUCUUUGGAAACUACCAAUCGCCCGGUGGAUGUCGAGGCGAUAGCCUCAAUGAUUGCAGAAGAGCUCAACGUUACACCCCCACGAAGGAAUUUGUCAGUAUACAGCGAUGCUCUACCUGUGAAUGGACAGCCACAAACACCAAGGCAACUGCCAGAGGCCCGUCAUCAAAGCCGAUUUAACGGAGCUUAUACGGCGCCAGUUCGAGGAAGACGCAUAGUGGCCGAUAUGGGCGAUGCACCCGUUACCGUAAGACGAAGGCGAGCUGGACGCGAUACUGGCUUGGUAGGGUUAGGCCCAGAACUGCACGGUAUACACGAAGACAGACAAAACACUGACGAUAUUUGA